CAUUAAAUAGUAAUUAGUUGUCUAGGCUGGUCUCGACUUCAAAGCCUUUAAAUUACUUUUGGAAAAUUUGGAAUUUGCCACGUGGAAAAUUUUAAUAUUUUAAAUUUUCUUUUAUUAAUUAAAAAUAAUGAAUUAUUUAAUGAUAAUAAUCAGUGUCUUGUUUUUUUGUGCGAUUGUACACGCACAAAACUCAAUGAAUGAGACUGAAAAUUGUUUAGAAAUUUGUAAAAAUGAAACAAUAAAACAUUCAAUUAUGAAAAGAGAUAGAUUUUCAGAUGCAUAUGAUGGAUUACUUAAGUUAAUAAAAGAAAUUGUUGAUGCUAUCUCAGAUAUUAUUAAAUACACACCAGAAGCUGCAGAAGAUUUCCUCAAGGAAUUUAUUAACAAUGCCCUGAAAUCUUUACAAGAAAAAAUAUCACCACAAGACCGCAAGUAACUUGAGGCGUAACUUUGUAUCGUGAAAUUUAAUUAUAAAAAUGAAUGAAAUUUGAAUAAAUUGUGUCAUGAU